AAAUAGAUCUGCAUACAAAAUGUGUGGUAGAUGUGGAGACAAACAAAGUUAUUCUUCAUCCUGUGAACACUAACCUCUCAAAAGGAGAUGCUAGGAGCCAACCAAAGGUGUUUGCCUAUGAUCACUGCUUCUGGUCUAUGGAUGAAACUAACAAAGAAAAAUAUGCAGGUCAAGAUGUUGUUUUCAAGUGCCUGGUGAGAACAUUCUCCAGAAUGCCUUUGAAGGUUACAAUGCGUGCAUUUUGCCUAUGGACAGACUGGAUCUGGAAAAUCCUACACAAUGAUGGGCACAGGUGAUGAACCUGGAUUAAUACCUCGGCUCUGUAGCAGUCUUUUUGAAAGAGCCCAGCAAGAGGAAAGUGAAGAGCAGAGUUUUAAGGUGGAAGUAUCCUACAUGGAGAUUUAUAAUGAGAAGUCAGAGAUCUCCUGGACCCAAAGGGGAGCCGUCAAUCUUUAAAAGUCAGAGAGCACAGUGUUUAUGGACCUUAUGUAGAUGGUCUUUCAAAACUAGCUGUUGCCAGUUACAAGGAUAUAGAGUCUUUGAUGUCUGAAGGCAAUAAAUCUCGUACAGUUGCUGCAACCAACAUGAAUGAAGGAGAGCAGUCGAUCCCAUGCUGUUUUAAAAUUAUCCUCACACACAUAUUGUAUGAUGUAAAGUCAGGGACCUCCGGUGAGAAAGUAGGCAAGUUGAGCCUGGUUGAUCUAGCAGGCAGUGAAAGAGCAACCAAGACAGGAGCUGCAGGCGAUAGGUUGAAGGAAGGAAGCAACAUCAACAAGUCUCUCACAACUCUUGGGUUGGUCAUUUCAGCCCUGGCAGAUCAAGCUGCUGGAAAAAUAAGAACAAGUUUGUUCCUUAUCGUGACUCAGUGCUCACCUGCUACUCAAAGACAGCCUUGGUGGCAACAGUAAGACUGCGAUGGUUGCUACCGUCAGUCCAGCAGCAGAUAAUUAUGAUGAGAUACUUUCUACCUUGAGGUAUGCAGACCGAGCCAAGAACAUUGUGAACCAUGCUGUGGUCAAUGAAGAUCCCAAUGCCCGGAUCAUCCGAGAACUGAGGGAGGAAGUAGGAAAACUCAGGGAACAGCUUACCAAAGCAGAGGCUAUGAAAUCUCCAGAAUUAAAAGAUCGUUUGGAAGAGUCUGAAAAACUUAUCCAGGAGAUGACAGUAACCUGGGAAGAGAAGCUCAGGAAGACAGAAGAAAUUGCACAGGAACGGCAGAAACAACUUGAAAGCCUUGGCAUCUCUCUUCAGUCAUCUGGGAUCAAAGUGGGUGAUAACAAGUGCUUUCUGGUGAAUUUGAAUGCUGACCCUGCCCUCAAUGAACUUUUGGUCUACUAUUUAAAGGAGCACACACUCAUUGGAUCCGAUAAUUCCCAAGACAUACAGCUCUGUGGAUUGGGGAUUCUUCCUGAACACUGUAUAAUAGAUAUCACUGGGGAUGGACAAGUCAUGUUGACGCCUCAGAAAAAUACUAGGACAUUUGUGAAUGGUACAGCUGUUGUAGGUCCCACGCAGCUACACCACGGUGACAGAAUUUUGUGGGGAAACAAUCACUUUUUCCGGCUGAAUUUGCCCAAAAAGAAAAAGAAAGUAGAAACAGAGGAUGAAGACAAAGAACAGCUGGAUUUAGAUGGAGACAGCUCCAGCGAGGUAUCCAGUGAGAUCAGCUUCAACUAUGAAUAUGCCCAGAUGGAAGUGACUAUGAAAGCUCUUGGAGGAAAUGAUCCAAUGCAGUCCAUUUUGCAAAGUCUAGAGCAACAGCAUGAAGAGGAGAAGCGGUCAGCACUGGAGCGGCAGCGACUCAUGUACGAGCAUGAACUAGAACAGCUCCGGAGACGUCUGUCUCCAGAGAAGCAGCAGUUCCGCACCAUGGACAAGUUUUCCUUCCAUUCUCCCAGUGCACAGCAACGUUUACGCCAGUGGGCAGAAGAGAGAGAAGAGAUGCUCAACCACAGCCUGAGGAAAUUGAGGGAGCAGAUUAUGAAGGCCAAUUUGUAUGUUAGAGAAGCCAGCUUCAUUGCAGAAGAGAUGGACAAAAGGACUGAAUACAAGGUCACCCUCCAAAUCCCAGCCUCAAGCCUUAAUGCAAACAAAAAGCGGGGUGCAGUGCUUAGUGAGCCAGCCAUUCAGGUGAGACGAAAAGGGAAAGGCAAACAAAUCUGGUCCCUGGACAAAAUGGAGAACCGGUUGCUAGAUAUGCGAGACCUCUAUCAAGAAUGGAAAGACUGCGAGGAAGACAACCUGGUUAUGAGGUCUUAUUUUCGGCGAGCAGAUCCCUUUUAUGAUGAGCAAAAGAACCACAGCCUCAUUGGAGUCGCCAAUGUCUUCCUGGAGUGUCUCUUUUAUGAUGUGAAGCUGCAGUAUGCCGUGCCCAUCAUCAAUCAGAAAGGAGAGGUGGCAGGUCGACUGCAUAUUGAAGUGGUACGUGUCAGUGGAGCCAUCGGGGAGAGAAUUGCAGGAGGCGAUGACAGCUUGGAGGGUAGCUUUGAGAAUGAUCAGCAGGAACAAAAGUUAGUGUGCAUGAUUAAAAUCCUUCAGGCGACCGGUUUACCUCAGCAUCUCUCCAAUUUUGUGUUCUGCAAGUAUUCUUUCUGGGACCAGCUGGAACCUGUGAUGGUUGCCCCUGAAAUGGAUCCUUCUUUGUCUCCCAUCAGCAAGGAGCUACGGGGCAUGGUUGUCUUCGACCACUGCGAUGAAUUCUCCGUCAAUAUCACUGAAGAUUUUAUGGAAUAUCUUUCGGAUGGUGCUCUAGCUAUUGAAGUAUAUGGGCACAAGCAGUGUGAUUCUCGCAAAAACCCAGCACUCUGGGAUUUAGGAAUAAUUCAAGCCAAAACGCGAAGCCUCCGAGACAGGUGGAGUGAGGUCACCCGCAAAGUGGAGCUAUGGGUUCAGAUUCUGGAACUCAAUGAGAAUGGAGAAUACUGUCCAGUAGAAGUAAUUCCAGCAAAGGAUGUACAUACAGGUGGCAUUUUUCAACUCAAGCAGGGACAGUCACACCGAAUCCAAGUGGAAGUGAAAUCUGUGCAAGAAUCAGGAACAUUGCCUCUCAUGGAAGAAUCCAUCUUAUCUGUAGCAGUGGGCUGUGUGCAGAUGAGACAUAUCAAGUCACCAAAAAGUCAUGAGAAUUAUCAGGAAGAAGAUGAUGACAUGGACAGUUAUCAGGAUAGAGAUCUGGAAAGGCUGCGCAGGAAAUGGUUAAACGCUCUUACAAAACGCCAAGAGUAUCUGGAUCAACAACUGCAGAAACUUGUGGGGAAGCCUGACAAAUCAGAAGAUGAUGUUGAUCGAGAAGCUCAGCUGUUAGAGAUGAGGUUGACCCUUACAGAAGAGAGGAAUGCUGUAAUGGUGCCAUCUGCUGGCAGUGGGAUCCCUGGAGCACCUGCUGAGUGGACACCUAUGCCUGGUAUGGAGACACACAUUCCAGUCAUUUUCCUUGAUUUAAAUGCAGAUGACUUCAGCUCUCAGGAUAAUCUUGAUGAGCCAGAAGCUGGUGGCUGGGAUGCUACCCUUAUUGCUGAAGAUGAAGAUGAAUUCUUUGAGUUACAGAUUGUAAAGCACCACGAGAGUGAGGUGAAAGCUGAAGCUUCCUGGGAUUCCACAGUUCACAACUGUGCACAGCUUAGCAGAGGAACAAUGGCUGAACAGAGAGUCUUCCUGAUUGUGAGAGUUGCAGUACAGCUCAGCCAUCCAGCAGAAAUGCAGCUUGUUCUUCGUAAGCGGAUCUGCGUCAAUGUUUAUGGCAAACAGGGUUUUGCUCAGAGUUUCCUGAGAAGAAUGUCUUCCCGGAGUUCUGUACCUGGCUGUGGAAUCACCUUUGAAAUUGUUUCAAAUAUCCCAGAGGAUGCUCAGGGGGCAGAGGAACGUGAGGCAUUAGCAAGAAUGGCGGCCAAUCUUGAAGAUGCAGCUUCUGCUGCUUCAGAAGUCCAUAUAGAAAAAUACCUUCGAAGUGUGUUGGCUGUAGAAAACAUUCUUACCCUUGAUCGGUUGCGCCAGGAGGUUGCUGUGAAGGAACAUCUAACAGGCAAGGGAAAACUUUAUCGGAGGAGUCUCAGUUCACCAAAUGUCAAUCGACUAUCGAGCAGCCGCCAAGAUCUAAAUCCAUCAUACAGCCUUGCUUCUUACAAAAGUCGAUGGGAAAGCCAGCAAGAUAUUUCUCAGAUUUCAACAGAGUCCACAUCCAGUGCAAGUCUCCAUGGUUCAACUCAGCAAAAUGGUUCAACAGAACAAGGGCUCGGUAGCCUGGCUGCCUCUUACUUGAAUCCUGUGAAGUCCCUCAUGCCUCAGAUGCCAAAGCUGCUCAAAUCUCUGCUUCCUCUUAAAGAUGAAAAAAAGGGCAGGCCAUCCUCUCUCCUUGCACAGCAGCCAAUCCCACGAAUUACGGUUCAGCCUGUCAGGAUUGAUACCAGUCCUGCAAAAACCCAACAGGUUGCCCAAGGACAAGAAAGCAAAGGACCUUCUGAGGUGGCUUUGCAGUUGACAGAGUUGGGGAAGAACCUUGAAAAAUCAACCAAAGUGCCUUUGCAGCAGCCCGCAGUGGACAUCCAAGCACAAGAUUCUCAAGAGGGUCCACCAAGCCCCUUGAGUGAAGCCUCCAGUGGAUAUUUCUCUCACAGUGUUUCUACAGCAACCCUUUCUGAAGCACUUGCAGCAGGAAACGACCCCCAUCUUCAGCCCAGUAGUCAGACCUCCACCACAAAUGAUGCCCCCCCAAUUUCAACAACCCCUAAGGUGGUGUCUUCAACAGAUGGUCCUAUAAAAUCAUGUUCUGAUUUAACUUCUCAAGGUUGCCGUUCUCUUCCAAAGAGAGAUCCUGUUCUCCCUUGCCUUAAAGACGAUCAAAUUGACAAGGACAAUGUGAAAGGGAGCCAUAACGGCAACUUAAAAUCAAGAUCAGUUGAUUCUGCCAUUGCUCUAAAUGACGAUCAGGUUUCUCCCUCCCUAGUUACUGAGGAUACACAUUGCUGUUCUAGCUCUCCUAAUAAGAAACAAAUACAAUUGACACAGACAACUGUCUUAUUACCAUCAGAGAGCCCUCCUUCUGUCCCAAAGGAGGCUCCCAUUUAUAAAACAGGACUUUCAAAGUCUCAGGCUAUGGUUGACCUGUCAUCUUCCAGCACUACAACCUCUCCCUUCAAAAUCCAAAGAGUACGAACAUCAGAACUCAAGUCCUUCUCCAGCAUGUUGAGUGGGGAUCCAGGAGCUUCUUUGGGUUCAGAGGAAGAAAAGAGCAGACAGAAUUCAGAAGAUUCAGACCAGAACAAUAGUACAGAUGCUGGUUCUGAAGAGAAAUUGGAUGCAGCAGCCUCUGACUCAGAGGAAACCAAUGAAAUCCCAGAUUGGCUGAAAGAAGGUGAAUAUGUAACUGUUGGCACGAAUAAAAUGGGCAUCGUGAGAUAUGUUGGUCCAACAGACUUCCAGGAGGGAACCUGGAUUGGAGUCGAGUUGGAUUUGCCAUUAGGUAAGAACGAUGGCUCAAUUGGAGGCCGGCAGUACUUCAAAUGCAAUCCAGGCUAUGGGCUCCUGGUGAAGCCAAGUCGAGUCAAAAAAGCUACUGGCUCUGCGAGGCGCCGGAGUGCUGGCAUGAAACUACAGGGCACAACUGGGACCGCGACUGAGCAACGGCGGAGCGGCACAUUCUCAGGCUCUGCCUCCAGUUUGGCUUCUUUGACUGCUUUAGCCAAGACGGAAGGAGCAUCAGCUCCACAGACCGAGAAAAGUAAAAAGAAUACGGAAAACAGGAAAUCGUGGGCUACUUGAGAGCGUUGCCCAAUGGGCAUGUCUGCCUGGAUCGCAACACUACUGUGUGAAGCUGACCCUUCCUUCCUUCCUUCCUUCCUCCCUCCCUCCCUCCCUCCCUCCCUCCCUCCCUCCCUUCCUUCCUCCCUUCCUCCCUCCCUCCCUCCCUCCCUUCCUUCCUCCCUCCCUUCCUGAAUGGCCUUUCUUUGCACUACUAAGCCAGUUUGGAGGAGGAGGGUGAUGUGUGUCAGAGUCUAUGCGUAUUCUCGAUUUCUUUUACUGAAAUGGGUUGGCCUUUGUCAUGAUGGAGUAACAUGCUUGAUUCUUGAUGCAAAGGGUGACCUUUCCCAGUGUGUUUUUCCAAAUCUCUCCUUUCAUUCCCCCAGCCAUUCAAAGGAAGUCUUCUGUAAGAGAUGUUGGCAGGGCUUAUUUUCUAGAAAGACUGCCGAAUGCUGCUUACUAUCCAAACGUUUGUCCUUCCAAGGCUCCUCAUUAAACCACAGCCAACCAUU